CUGGAAUGAAGAAGCAAAUGAUGGGUUAGGAGAGGGGGUUUGGGGGGUUAUGGGGUGGGGAAGAUAGUAGGGGAGGAUUGUUCGGUUAGAGGUGGAGGUUGCUGACUCUGAAUAUAGCGAUGAUUGAAUCGUCCUCUUCUGAAGGGAGUAAAGAUGAAGGGCCUAUUUGGGAGAUAGAAAAAUUGAGAGAUGUGAGAGCUGUUCUAAAGACAGCCAGAUCGACCCUUCUUAAAGGAGAUAGACAGAUGCAAAAGUGACACCAGCUGAUGAGUAAAAUUUCAGCUUCUGGCUUACUUUCCAAUGAAUAUUCAGGAACAGUUCAAAAGAAGAACAAGAGCCAGACUAAAACUAGGCAGAAAAUAAAGAUGUCUGAUUUUGGAAAAAUACAGAGGUCUCAGUACAUCUCUAAGCUAUUGAAAUAAACCAAAAGAUAAGGUCAUCCGUUACCCUCCCAGAAGCUUCAAUAUUGCUAUGUACAACUUGCCCUCUGCAGCAAAGGAUAUGAAACGAAUCAGAAGAGCCAAACAGAAGCAUAAGAAAGUCAAUAAAGAGAUUUAGUGACACAGGCCGGAAAUCAAAAGCUAAAAAUAUCAAUAACGGAAGAAACACUGAUAGAAAUUCUCGCCCAUUUGAAAAGAGAAGACAUUCCAUGCCUGUAAGAGAGUCUAAAAGAACCUCCCACUCAAAAAAAAGGAGAGAAGAGACACUUAAUAUAAUAAACAACAAAAUCAUCAGGAUCCACUUCAACCCCAAACCCAAAAAGCCCCACCCCUCCAAAACCCCCCGCCUUCUCUCCUCCCGCUUACCCAAAAGACCCCUCCCUCUCCAAGACCAAAACCUCAUAAUAAUCAGCCGCCUGCUCACUACCAAAAAAGCCCCUUAAUUCA